CUGGAAAGUGUAGCCGUCCCCGUCCGUUCGUGGUUUUGCCAUUUUGUGACGCUUCGCGCGUGCAUGCGAUAGUUGGAUAAACAAAUUUCGUUUUUCACUUACCAAAGGCAAAGUCGAGGAUGUCUAAGCGAAGGAUUGAAGUAGUGGAUCCUUAUGUAAAAAGAAAGAAUGAUGGAACAAUCGCAAUCAAUGCGCCAACCUCGACAUCGGGCAAAAGUCAAGUGCAACUAAAUCCGUACACACACCUUCCGUAUACGCCACGAUAUCACGAAUUUUAUAAGAAGAGAAUAACUUUACCUGUAUUCGAGUAUAGAGCAGAUUUCAUGAGGUUACUAGCACAGCAUCAGUGCAUCGUCCUAGUGGGUGAAACAGGUUCUGGCAAAACUACGCAAAUCCCACAAUGGUGUGUCGAAUACUCUUGCUCGGUAGGAAACAAAGCGGUUGCUUGUACACAACCUAGAAGAGUGGCCGCCAUGUCCGUAGCACAGAGAGUUUCCGAAGAAAUGGAUGUUGCCUUGGGUGAGGAAGUGGGUUACAGUAUUCGUUUUGAGGACUGUAGUUCUCCUAAAACGAUGCUGAAGUAUAUGACGGAUGGUAUGCUGCUGCGAGAAGGCAUGUCAGACCCAAUGUUGGAAGCUUACCAGGUGAUUCUACUGGACGAAGCACACGAAAGGACUUUGGCUACCGAUCUGCUGAUGGGAGUAUUGAAGGAGGUUGUUAAACAGCGUUCAAAUCUCAAGCUAGUCAUAAUGAGUGCGACACUAGAUGCAGGAAAGUUUCAACAGUACUUCGAUAAUGCUCCAUUGAUGAAUGUGCCUGGUCGAACCCACCCUGUUGAAAUAUUUUAUACUCCGGAACCAGAGCGAGAUUAUCUGGAGGCGGCGAUAAGGACUGUAAUACAAAUCCACAUGUGUGAAGAGGUCGCUGGAGAUGUACUACUAUUUUUAACCGGGCAGGAAGAAAUAGAAGAAGCUUGCAAAAGAAUAAAAAGGGAAAUGGAUAACUUGGGACCAGAGAUUGGUGAGCUCAAAUGUAUUCCGCUCUAUUCUACGCUGCCUCCGAAUCAACAACAACGAAUUUUUGAGCCCGCGCCUCCCACCAAACCCAAUGGAGCGAUUGGACGGAAAGUUGUAGUCUCCACAAAUAUUGCAGAAACCUCUCUAACCAUCGACGGAGUUGUAUUCGUCAUUGAUCCAGGAUUUGCCAAACAGAAGGUGUACAAUCCGAGAAUCCGGGUAGAAUCAUUGCUGGUUUCACCGAUCAGUAAGGCAUCGGCGCAACAACGAGCGGGCAGAGCGGGAAGAACUCGCCCAGGAAAGUGCUUCCGCUUAUAUACGGAAAGAGCGUACAAACAUGAGAUGCAAGACAACACAUAUCCAGAAAUUCUUCGAUCGAAUCUCGGCAGUGUUGUUUUACAACUGAAAAAAUUAGGAAUUGACGAUCUGGUACACUUCGACUUCAUGGAUCCACCGGCACCUGAAACAUUGAUGAGAGCGCUGGAGUUGCUGAACUAUUUAGCGGCGCUUGACGACGACGGAAAUCUGACGGAUUUGGGCGCGGUAAUGGCUGAAUUCCCCCUGGAUCCACAACUAGCAAAAAUGCUGAUUGCAUCCUGCAAUCACAAUUGCAGUAAUGAGAUACUCAGCAUCACGGCAAUGCUCUCAGUCCCACAGUGUUUUGUGAGGCCAAACGAAGCUAAGAAGGCAGCAGAUAACUCGAAAAUGCGAUUUGCACAUAUCGACGGGGAUCAUCUCACCCUUCUAAACGUCUACCAUGCCUUCAAACAGAAUAUGGAGGAUGCGCAAUGGUGCUACGAGCACUUUGUAAACUACCGAUCACUGAAAAGUGGUGAUAAUGUUAGACAACAAUUGAGCAGAAUCAUGGAUAGGUUCAAUUUGAAACGCACGUCAACUGAAUUCACAUCCAAAGAUUACUACAUAAACAUUAGAAAAGCGCUUGUCAAUGGAUUUUUCAUGCAGGUUGCGCAUUUGGAACGAACAGAGCAUUAUCUAACGAUAAAAGAUAACCAAGUCGUGCAAUUGCACCCAAGCAGCUGUCUCGACCACAAACCAGAGUGGGUUAUCUAUAACGAGUUCGUGCUCACCACAAAGAAUUACAUCAGGACAGUAACGGACAUAAAACCUGACUGGUUGCUGAAAAUUGCCCCGCAAUACUACGAUCUUCAGAACUUCCCUCAAUGUGAAGCAAAGAGACAACUGGAAGGAAUUCAAACGCGACUAGACUCAAAACAAUACCAAGAAGGUUUCUAACGUUGCUGAUUUCUAGCUACGUUACGAAUGUUUAGAGACGGAUAUGAGAAGACCAGCCCUUUGAGCGCCUGAUAAUCUCGGUUUACAAGGAACGAGGAUCGAAAAAGACGUGAAAAAUAUAAUCUAAAACAGUGGCAGUUACUUCGGAGAGUAGAACAGCGGAUGAAGACAACUUUUAAACAAAGCAACAACGCGUAAAAAAAUGCUUACGUAGAUGGACUUUGAAAUAUGAGUGGAACCAAUUAUCAAUCGGUUUAAAAAAAGAACGGAAAUCAGAUCCAUCGAUCAGCAUACCGAGGCACUAACUUUAAAAGUAUACAAAGCGAUAAAAGUUAAGCUGUUGAAUGACUCUAAAUUGAAACAGAAAUCAAAUCAGAUGAAUAAAAGCAAGAGAGCGGUUCAUAGAAACUUGUUCAGGCAUAUUGGAUGUGGAAACGAAAUUUUGUACCAUAACGUGAGUGAUAUCUAUUCUUUUAUCUUUGUUUUUUUCUUUAUCCUUCGAUCGCAUUUCUGAUUAAAAACCGAAUGAUUCAAUACAGUAUAAAAAUGAAUUCAGAAAACUAUGCGAUAACAAUUUGGUCUCUGUGUAUACUGUGCAUACAUACUACAUUCAUGUGGCAAAUAUGAUGCGAUGGAAAACGUCUUUGAUUCUUAUAUUAUUAAAUUAAUGAAAACCUCUUCGUUAUAACUAGAAAUAGUUAAUUGUAUUACUCGACGAUAGUUUACGACAACAAUAACGACUUGUGAAUAUUUACGAUGUCUUAUUUGCUUAAUAUCUUUGCUUUGAUAUAUCUGCGGAUUAGAAAAAAAAAAACAGAAAAAAAGAAAUUGGAGGAAUAUCGUUCUUACUGCACAGGUUUUGUUGCAUUUAAAUCAAAGACGAUAUCACAGAAUGAAAUAAAAACUUACUCGACCAGUGAGCAAACGUUUAGCCUAUAACAAUCAUUGUUUUGCAUCACAGUACUUUCAUUGUGUAAGAGACCCAAGUUGAAUAGUCUGAACAAUGAGAGACUGUAAGGCACUUAUACAACUUCACAUUUUUAAUCAGUUAAUAAAUAAUUCCACGCAUUCGUAAUAUCUACGAUAGUAAUUGCAUAAUAACACAAUUUAAAGAAUAUUUUUUCAUAAUUCAAAGUACCCCGUCGAAUGAAAUUAAUGUUUUCUUCGAUUAAAACAGGCGAAAAAAUAAAUAAGAAUAAUAGAGAAGAUUACCAAGUACUACGGACAAGUAUACCACGAAAUAUGGAUGCACGAUAUCUAAAACAAUGUUACAUGUUUCACUAUUCGUAAUGACGAUGAAAUUGGUUUUCGAGUUUUGUAAAUAUUAUAACGUUUCAUUGUACUGUAUCACUUCAUUCCAAUAAAACGAUGUAAAAUUGA